AUGCUCUAUCUGUUCUACUCCAACUGGCACCCAUUCUUCACGUCCUAUCGAGAGACAAGUUCCUCCUCCUCCUUCUCCUCGAGCACCCCCAGGAGUCACGCGGACACCGCGACGGCUGCCAACAACGGAGGAAGAGGAGGAGGUGGGGGAGGGGAAGGGGGUGGGGAAGGGGUCUUUCCUCUGUCCGAGCUUCUGUCGGGAAAUCCACCCUACUGGCGGGAUCCUCGAAGAGACUUCCAGGCGGAGUACGACGAGGUGGUCGCGGCCGUGCCAGGCCUGAGGGGGACCAGGCCGGCGCGCUUCGCCUUCCUCAUCAUGGCGCACGGGCCGACGGACGUGGAGCUGCUGAGGAGAAACUUGCCGUGGCUCUACAGCCCGCUCAAUUUUUUUCUGAUUCACAUGGACCGGAAGAGUUCAGACAAGGACCGGGCGGAUGUGCGGGAGCUGUUGCAUGGGCUGGACAACGCCAGGAUGCUCGAGCCGGCGCAAAGCGUGUCGUGGGGAGGGUAUUCCAUCACCUUGACGGCUCUGUUCGGUCUGUCCACGCUCGUGGAGUGGAGCAGGGACUGGGACUACUUCAUUAACCUCAGUGCGACGGACUUUCCCCUGCUAAGCUCGGCGGAGAUGGGUGUGGCGAUGGGAUCGUUCGUGGAAAGCCGGAUGAAUUUCGUCACGGGCUCGGCGAUGAUGGAACAGAACCGGGCGGAACUCUACGUGGAUGACCAGGGUCUGUACCGGGUAAACGAGACCCGACGAGCGGCGCAGCCUUUCCUGCAGCGGAGACAAUCGGGACCUCCGGUGCGCGUGGAGAGACCUCUCCCUAACUUGUUCACACUGUUCAAGGGAGAGUUUUGGGUGGCGCUGCAUCGCGAUUUUUGCGAAUAUGUUCACGAGUCGCCGGACAAUGUGGCCAGGUCUCUCCAGGCGUACUUCGCCAAGUUUCGUAUCUCAGACGAAAGCUUCUUCCAGACGACGCUCUGCCACCCGGCCGCCCCCUCGGCCUUCCCCGUCCACAACGACAACCUCCGGCUUGUCAACUGGCCGUACUUUGACCCGGAGACGGAGUGGGUGCUUCACCCUGACCCGGUGCAGUCCAAGCACGUGACCAAGCUCAUGAAGAGCGGCGCGCUUUUCGCGAGGAAGUUCGAGCUGGGCACGAGCGACCGGGCCUGGUCCGACAUCGAGGGGUUAUUAUCGGAGAAGGGAAAACACGUGGGAGAAAGAAUACUACGAGUUCUGGAGCGCGGGAAGCCGGCGCGGAGCGUUCGUGGGCGGGAGGAGUUCUGCACGGUGCCGGAGGGCUACGACCUCGACUACAUCCUCCGACAUCAGAAGAUCAAGCGAGAGCGAAAAUCGCCGGAUAGCCGGUGACACAAAGACGGCCGGGAGUGGGCUGAGAGGCUAGCUAGCUAUGUCCCAGAGCGGAGUCGAAUCGUCUCCCUUUUUCUCCGCCGGAAUACGGGGUGGGGUGUGUGUGGGGGGUAUACUCGCAUCCCGCUUUUCCUCGAAAAGCUAUCUACGGCGCUGCGUGGGGGAGAAGGAGGCGGGCUCGGCGACGAGGGCGGUGGAAGGAGGGGCGGGACACCUGCGGGCUUGAUUUUGUAGUUUGCGUGAUAAAAAGAGGGUUUGGGCUUGCUUCUGCCUGAGUUCGGGUUGGCUGUUGAUGUUCGAGGCUCAGGGCGUGAUUUGAGAUGCAGAUAGUGGUCGGUACGAUUCAUCUCCUUUUUUAUUGCAGUUGUGCGUCGGUGUACGCGGUACGCACCUGCGGUUGUGCUAAUAUUUUUAUGUUGUUAUUUGUUCAUGUGUUCGUUUGGGCAGGGGGCACCUGUUGGCGGGGGGUUGGCGUGGGGAGGUGGAGUGGGGGGUGCGCUCUUCGUGCACCCGACCGAGAACGCGAGAGAUGUUCGCGCGCCUCGCUCUUUUUUUUUUUCUUCGUUUUUUCGCGGGUGAUUUAAAUUGAGUGCUGU